AUGCCAGAGUACUUCUUCCAUCUUUUCUUCGAGCUACAUUCUUCCCGUUCCGCUGCAGACACGACCUUCAUCCCACCGCCGAAGACCAACAUCUUCACAGCCGAGCUCCCAGCGCAUAGGCAGGCUUCGUGGAGUUCUACAGCGCCAGUAACUAGGGCCUAUAGCGCUGCAGCAGCACCCAGCAGCCGACAUCUCAGUCACCGCACGCGGGCCUCGUCCUCUGUCCACCACCACGAGAGUCCCGUGCCUGUCGACCAAGACCCUACGAAGGGUAGUUCGCAUACCUCGCACCAGAGCUUUGCCGCUCAUCAAGACUGGCGCUUCGACACAGUCUCCAUCAUCAGCAUCGACAUGCUUCCGAGCAGCAGCAGCGACACGACACGACAAACCCUCAAGCAAGCUGCCACAUCUGGCGGCCUAGCGACCAAAGGCAAAUUCAUCCCUUCCAAUCCCAAGAGUACAGAAGUAGGCUGGGGCGUUGUACACUUGUUUCGUGAUGGCAAAGAGACACCGGGGCUGUAUGACGAGGCGGAGGGCGCUUGUGGGCCUUUUGUCGAAGACGACUGCACAACAUUAUGCAUCCUCGCUGUGCCCUCAUACAUGACGCCGUCAGAUCUCUUGGGCUUUGUGGGGGAGAAGACAAGAGAAGACGUCUCGCAUUUCAGGCUCAUCCGGACGAGCAGGGCGAAUAAAUACAUGGUGCUUGUGAAGUUCCGCGAUCCGACCAAGGCAAGAAAAUGGCGGAAGGAGUGGAACGGGAAAACAUUUAACAGCAUGGAGCCCGAGUACUGCCACGUUGUCUUUGUCAAGUCUAUCAACUUUCAAGACGGUGAUUCUUCAACUCGCGACCCUUCGUCGUACCCUGAUCUUACGAACGACCCGUUCACCCCAGCCGCAUCGCAAGAACCGACAGCAACAUUACCGCCAACGUCCAGCGCCUCUCAAUCCACCGAGAGCAGCUCACUCGCGACCUCUCUCACCACCAAGCCAUAUGCACCACCUACACCUGCCUUGAUCGAGCUUCCGACCUGCCCUGUCUGUCUUGAGCGUAUGGACGAGACGACGGGUCUUCUUACGAUUCUUUGCCAGCAUGUGUUUCAUUGCGCCUGUCUCGAAAAAUGGCGCGGAUCCGGCUGCCCAGUCUGCCGCUAUACUCAAAACGACGCAUUCACGACUCAACAAGGUCUUGAGGACGAUGCAGAAAACAUUUGUAAGGAUUGCGGUGCUACCGAAAACCUCUGGAUCUGUGUGAUCUGUGGCAAUAUAGGCUGUGGACGCUAUGAUGAGGCACACGCCUUCGCCCACUACAAGGCUACAAAACAUACUUAUGCCAUGGACGUCGUCACGCAACACGUAUGGGAUUAUGCUGGCGAUGGAUAUGUCCACCGUCUAAUUCAGAACAAGGCCGACGGCAAGCUCGUCGAUCUCCCUGCUUCGACUCAACAAACUGGCAUGACCGGUUAUGCGAACGAUAAUGUCCCGCGCGAGAAGCUGGACAACAUGGGCAUGGAGUACGCCUACCUGCUCACAUCCCAGCUCGAGUCUCAACGCGCCUACUUCGAGGAGCAGCUGGCAAAAGCUACAGACAAGAGCGCGAAGGCCGUUGCAGCUGCCGAAGAGGCUUCGCGCACAGCAUCUACCUUGGCCAAGGAGUUCAAGGCCCUGCAAGUCCAGCAUAUGGAGACCUUAUCGACGAUAUCUGCCCUCGAGAAGGAAAGUGCGAAGAACACGCAGAAAGCGACCGUGGCACAAGAGCUUGCGAACAAGCUCAACAAGCAGUACAAGGAAGAAAAGACAGUCAACGAGUCCCUCCUUACUCGAAUCAAGCACUGCGAAAAAGUCGUUGCAGACGCGGAAGCCAAAGUCAAGCAGUUAGAGGCUCAGAAGGCCGAUCUCGAAGACCAGAACAACGAUCUUGUGAUGUACAUUAGUGGUGAAGCGAAGGUCAAAGAGAUGAAGGAGAAAGGGGAGUUUGGCCUGGAAGAAGGCGAGCUCGAGAGUGGAACACUCGAGGUAGGCAAGAAGAAGGGCAAGGGCAAGGGUAAGAAGAAGGCCUAG